AUGAGCAGGAAAGUGGGCCUGAGUGCCAACUCGUCCCAGUUCACCCUUGAGGGAGAGCCCUUCCGUAUCGUCGGGGGAUCCAUCCACUAUUUCCGUGUGCCCAGAGCCUACUGGAGGGACCGCCUAAUGAAAAUGAAGGCCUGUGGCAUCAACACCCUGACUACGUAUGUGCCGUGGAGUCUGCACCAGCCAGAGAGAGGCGUGUUCAACUUCCACACACAACUGGAUUUAGUAGCAUAUAUCAAUCUUGCUGCUGAACUAGGAUUGUGGGUGAUUUUACGUCCAGGGCCUUAUAUUUCAUCUGAGCUAGAUCUAGGAGGACUACCGAGCUGGCUCCUCCGCGAUGGCGGCAUGAGACUGAGGACGACUUACCCCGGCUUCACUCUGGCUGUCAACACUUUUUUUGACAAAUUUAUACCAAAAGUGGUUCCGCUGCAGUUUAAGAAAGGGGGUCCCAUCAUUGCAGUGCAGGUCGAUAACGAGUAUGGAUCCUUUGCUAAAGAUGAAGGUUACAUGCUUUUCAUUAAAGAGGCUUUACAGUCCAGAGGGAUCAGCGAGCUCUUGUUCACAUCAGACAACCACAACGCAUUAAAGUCCGGUGGUGUGGAUGGAGCCAUCAGAUCAGUGAAGCUGCAGAAGUUGAAUCAGAGAGACAUCCAGGAUCUCAAUUCUCUCCAGCCCAACAGCCCCACUAUGGUGAUGGACUACUGGACCGGCUGGUAUGAUGUGUGGGGUGACCUCCACCAUGUGCUCCCCCCAGAGGAUAUGGUGUCUACUGUGAGAGAAAUGCUGAGGAGAGGCAUGUCGGUCAACCUCUACAUGUUCCACGGAGGCUCGAGUUUUGGUUUCAUGAGCGGAGCACUCGCUGAUCCUUCCUACAAAGCAUUAGUCCCCAGCUAUGAUUAUGAUGCUCCCUUGUCUGAAGCUGGGGAGUACACUCUAAAGUACCAUCUCCUUAGGGAUCUACUUUGUCGAUUCAACAGUGAGAGUUUCCUGGACAUGCCAGCCCUGCAUUACAGGGAGGCUUAUGAACCAGCUAUUAUGUACCAACACCUGUCAUUAUGGGAUGCAUUGAGCUUCACUGAGGGACCAUUUAAAUCAUCUAAGCCAGUAAGCAUGGAGAAUCUACCUGUGAACAACAAGAACGGCCAGUCCUAUGGGUACACUCUGUAUGAGACCACCAUCACCAGUGGAGGCUUAUUAAAGUCUGGAGACAAUGUUCGAGAUCGUGCCCUUGUGUUUGUAGACAGAAGCUACAUUGGCCUUUUCAAGCGCCAGAGCCUGGAGCUGGCAGUUCCCGAUGGUAAGGGACAGCGAACCUUAAGUUUAUUGGUGGAAAACUGUGGACGAGUUCACAAGGGAAGAGACCUCGACAAACAACAUAAAGGCCUCGUGGGAGACAUUUUAUUAAACAAUAUCCCCUUGCAAGAUUUUACAAUAUACAGCCUGGAUAUGAAACCCAGCUUUAUUGAUAGUCUUUAUCAGGCACCUUGGAAAACUCUCCCUGAAGCUCCCAGCUUCCCAGGCUUUUUCUUGGGGAGGCUGUUUGCAUAUGGGUAUCCAAGCGACACAUUUGUGAAGCUGCCAGGUUGGGGGAAAGGUGUUGUGUUUAUCAAUGGGCUGAAUCUGGGCCGCUUCUGGUCCAUUGGUCCCCAGCAGACUCUCUACCUCCCUGGUCCCUUUCUGAACAGUGGAAUUAACCAGGUGAUUGUGUUUGAGGAGGAAGAGGGCGACUACAAGGUCCACUUCGAGGACACGCCUGAUCUCGGCAUGGCAGCGGACAUCCAGUGA